AUGGAUGAUGUCCCAGAGAGUAAGCCGGACUUCCCAAAGUCAAUACACGACAAUGGAAUGCUACAUCUUGUACUUCACUAUCUCGCGAUGAAACUUAUCAAAGAAAUGGAGAUCGAAGAGGAAACUAAAUUCAACCAAAGACAGCGAGAGAUGAUCGAGGAUAAAAUCACAGGAUUUUACGAUGAGAUUCUGAGUCACCCGGCCCUGCAGGACAGCCGGGUGGUGUUCCAUCCCAAGGUCCCCCACUACAAAACCAUCCUGCCGUACAGCGAAAAGGAGAAACGCACAUCGUCUAGUGGUCGCCUAACUGAGAUCUGCGAAAGCCUAAGUGAGUGGAAACAACUAGGGAGUGGCAAAAAUCUUAACCAUCGUACGGUGUUGCUGCACCGUGAUCAGAGCUUCUACGUCACCAGCUGCGUGCACCAAGGAGCGGAGUGCAGCACUAUAGCCGAUGGAAUAACAUCUGAAUGCCGGUCCCGCACUUCAUGGGCGUCUGCCUAUUUAGAUGGUGGUGAUAAUAAUUACUUUUGGUCCUAUAUUGCGAUCCACACCUGCUGCAGCUGCGCGGCUCGCCAGUCCCGAAACCGUGGCUAA